AUGGCGGGGCCGGCGGCGGACGGGCCGGGGGUCGCCGCCACCCUGGUCCCGGGCGCGCCGCGCGGCCACCGCACCUACGCGCGCCGCUGGCUCUUCCUGCUGGUGGUCGGCCUGCUCAGCUGCUCUAACGCCACGCUGUGGCUCAGCUUUGCACCCGUGGCUGACACUGUCGCUGAGCGCUUCUCCCUAUCUGUGGGGCAGCUCAACUGGCUCUCGCUGGUCUACCUCGUGGUCUCCAUCCCGUUCGGCAUGGCGGCCAUCUGGGUCCUGGACUCUGUUGGGCUCCGCUGGACGACCAUCCUGGGUGCAUGGCUGAACUUUGCCGGAAGCGUGCUCCGCGCCCUGCCCUGCCUGGCUGCUGGGCCCCUCCACCCAUUUGCCUUUUUCAUGGGCGGCCAGAGCCUCUGUGCCCUGGCUCAGACCCUCGUCAUCUUCUCUCCGGCCAAGCUGGCUGCCUUGUGGUUCCCGGAGCACCAGCGAGCCACGGCCAACAUGAUCGCCACCAUGUCAAACCCCCUGGGCAUCCUUGUGGCCAAUGUGCUGUCACCUGCCCUGGUCAAGAAGGGGGAGGACAUCCCCCUAAUGCUUGGCAUCUACGCCGUCCCUGCUGGCCUCACCUGCCUGCUGGCCACUGUCGGCCUCUGGGAGAACGUGCCCCCCACCCCGCCCUCCGCUGGGGCUGCCAGCUCCAGCUCGGAGAAGUUCCUCGAUGGGCUCAAGCUGCUUGUGCGGAACAAGGCCUACGUCAUCCUGGCUGUGUGCUUCGGGGGCGGCAUUGGGAUCUUCUCCAGCUUCUCGGCCCUCCUGGAGCAGAUCCUCUGUGUGAACGGAUACUCCAAUGAAUUUUCAGGCCUCUGUGGGGCUCUCUUCAUCGUGUUUGGGAUCCUGGGGGCCUUGGCCCUCGGGCUGUAUGUGGACCGGACCAAGCGCUUCACCGAAGUCACCAAGAUAGGCCUGUGCCUGACCUCCUUGGCUUGCGUGGCCUUUGCCCUGGUGUCCCAGCUGCGGGGACAGACUGUGGCACUGGCCGCUGUCUGUGCACUGCUCGGGUUCUUUGGCUUCUCCGUGGCGCCCGUGGCCAUGGAGCUGGCGGUCGAGUGCUCCUUCCCUGUGGGUGAGGGCGCCUCCGCAGGCCUGGUCUUCGUGCUGGGGCAGGCUGAGGGCGUGCUCAUCAUGGUGCUGCUGACAGCUGUGACUGUGCGACGCCCAGAGCCACCCUUCUCCACCUGCCGGCAUGGCGAGGACCCCCUGGACUGGACGGUGUCCAUGCUGCUGAUGGCCGGCCUGUGCACCUUCUUUAGCUGCUUCUUGGUGAUCUUCUUCCACACCCCAUACCGGCGUCUGCAGGCCGAGUCUGGAGCGUCCCCCUCCCCGCAGGACGCAUGCUUGGGAGCUGGAGAUGAUGCACCACACCCCACCCCACACCCACCCCCUGAGGCUCCAGGCACGGCACCCUCAGGGGCAGCUCAUGCCUAG